GAAGUUAUCCGCCCACUCUCUCUCCUUGCAGGCGAACAGGACUUCCUACCGAGAGAGAGAGAGAGAGGCAAAGAGAGAGAGAGCGUGCUCAAAGUUAUCGAAUUAGGGUUUCCUCUCUCUUGCUCAUCCGCUAAAUUUCCUUCGAUCGAGCCUUUGAACCUUGGAUCAGACGUACCACGCUUGCCGUAUUAUCCAGCUCCUAAGCACCCUGGUCACGAUUAUCCGUUUCCAACAGCAGCCAAGUUUCAUGUCUGAUCUCGACACCCAGAUUCCUACUACUUUUGAUCCUUUUGCUGAUGCGAGUUCUGAGGACUCUGGUGCUGGAACAAAGGAGUAUGUCCAUAUUCGCAUACAACAGCGGAAUGGUAGGAAGAGCCUGACAACCGUGCAGGGACUUAAAAAAGAAUUCAGCUACAACAAGAUUCUGAAAGACCUUAAGAAAGAGUUUUGCUGCAAUGGUACUGUUGUUCAGGAUCCAGAACUAGGGCAGGUCAUUCAACUUCAAGGUGAUCAGCGGAAGAAUGUUUCGACCUUCCUUGUCCAGGCUGGCAUUGUGAAGAAGGAGCAUAUCAAGAUUCAUGGUUUCUGAUUGAGCCGUGUUUCACUUAAUAUAUACAUGCCCCAUCUUAGACUAGUUGAAGGCUUGAUAUUUAAAAAACUUAAGCUUGUGCUGCUGAUUGCUAUGUUUGCGUGAGCUCCUUGGCUCCGUCAUUCCUGGUUGUUUAUCUGGUUUCUGUCUUGUGCGUUUAGUAUUAUGUGGUUAUGGAGUACAUGACAGCCUGUGUGACUGGUAUUAAUUAUUUGUUUUGCAUUUUCGCCCUCUCC